GAGAUGAAGAAGUAAAAUCUCUGACAUGGCCGGAUCCUCCACCAGCGAAUUCCGGUGGAAAGCACCGCCGCAGCCACAACCUCAGCCUCCGACACAACAACAACAACCAAACAUCUCCGAUUCAGAUUCUGAUUCAGGAUCCGAUUCAGACAACAACCAUCACAACCGCCACAAUGAUCUAUCCAACACCAUCUUCAAAGCUUACCUCGAUUGCCACUCAUCUUCCCCAUCUCCCUCUUCCAUUGACCUCUCCAAGAUCCAAUCUUUCCUCUCCUCCUCUUCCUCAGGAGCCGUCUCUUGCCUUAUCUGCCUCGAGCGGAUCAAACGCACAGAUCCCACAUGGUCCUGCACUUCCUCAUGCUUCGACGUCUUUCACCUCUUCUGCAUACAAGGAUGGGCUCGGCAGUGUUUGGACGUACAAGCCGUCUUAGCAGUCACAAGACCGAGUUCGACAGAAACAGAACCGGUGUGGAACUGUCCGAAAUGUAGAUCGACGUAUCUUAUGUCAAAGAUCCCAAGUCGGUAUCUUUGUUACUGUGGGAAGGAGGAAGAUCCUCCGGCGGAUAAUCCAUGGAUCUUGCCGCAUUCUUGUGGUGAGGUUUGUGAGAGGCCGUUGAGUAAUGAUUGUGGUCAUUGUUGUCUGUUACUGUGUCAUCCUGGUCCUUGUGCCUCGUGUCCUAAGCUUGUGAAAGCUAAAUGCUUCUGUGGUGGUGUUGAAGAUGUUCGUCGGUGUGGUCACAAGCUGUUCUCCUGCGGAGAGGUCUGUGAUAGUGUGUUGGAUUGUGAGGUUCAUAAGUGUAGAGAGAUUUGUCAUGAAGGUGAGUGUCCUCCGUGUAGGGAACGCGCGGUUUAUAGGUGUUGUUGUGGUAAAGUGAAGGAGGAGAAGGAUUGUUGCGAGAGAGUGUUUAGGUGUGAGGGUUCGUGUGAGAAUAAGCUUAACUGUGGGAAACAUGUGUGUGAGAGAGGUUGUCACUCUGGAGAAUGUGGAGGGUGUCCUUAUCAGGGGAAGAGGAGUUGUCCCUGUGGGAAGAAGUUUUAUCAAGGCUUGUCUUGUGAUGUUGCGGCGCCUUUGUGUGGUGGGACUUGUGAUAAAGUUCUUGGUUGUGGUUAUCAUAGGUGUCCUGAGAGGUGUCAUCGUGGUGCGUGUCUUGAGACUUGUAGGAUUGUGGUUACUAAGUCUUGUAGAUGUGGAGGGACGAGGAAACAGGUUCCUUGUCGUCAAGAGUUGGUGUGUGAGAGGAAAUGCCAGAGGAUGAGAGAUUGUGGAAAGCAUCCGUGUAGAAGGCGUUGUUGUGAUGGUGAAUGUCCACCAUGCUCUGAGGUUUGUGGGAAAAAACUGGGUUGCAGAAACCAUAAGUGCCAGUCUCCUUGUCACCAAGGGCGGUGUGCUCCUUGUCCAAUAAUGGUAUCAAUAUCAUGUGCUUGUGGUCAGACGCAUUUUGAGGUACCUUGUGGCACUGAAAAUAACCAGAAACCUCCUAGAUGCCGUAAAUUAUGUAAUAUAGCCCCAUUGUGCAGGCAUGGACAAAUCCAAAAGCCACAUAAAUGUCACUUUGGUGCUUGUCCUCCAUGUCGGCUCCCUUGUGAUGAAGAUUACCCAUGUGGGCACAAAUGCAAACUAAGGUGUCAUGGUCCUAGACCUCCACCAAACAGGGAAUUUAUCUUGAAACCGACAAAGAAGAUGUUGAAUAUUCAUGUUGAGUCUACACCUGGUUCCCCCUGCCCUCGAUGUCCAGAGCUUGUCUGGAGGCCUUGUGUAGGCAACCAUCUGGCAGCAGAGCGAAUGAUGGUUUGCUCUGACAAGACUCAGUUUGCAUGCGAUAAUUUAUGCGGAAACCCUCUUCCAUGUGGGAACCAUUACUGUUCGUUUACUUGUCAUCCCCUGGAAAUAAGAAGUUCAUCUUUGGAUAAAAGAAGUGAGUCCUGUGAGAAGUGUGAACUCCGCUGUCAAAAGGAGAGAUCACCACGAUGCCAACAUCCCUGUCCUCGGAGAUGCCAUCCAGAAGAUUGUCCACCUUGCAAAACUCUAGUAAAGAGAUCAUGUCACUGUGGGGCUAUGGUGCAUGCAUUCGAGUGCAUUGAGUACAAUACAUUGUCUGAGAAGGACCAGUCGAAGGCCCGCUCAUGCCGUGGACCUUGUCACAGAAAAUUACCAAACUGUACGCAUCUGUGUCCGGAGAUAUGUCAUCCUGGGCAGUGUCCAUCGCCAGACAAGUGUGGUAAAAAGGUGGUUGUUCGUUGCAAGUGCCUAACUUUGAAAAAGGAAUGGGUAUGCAAAGAUGUUCAAGCAGCACAUAGGGCCACAGGUUCUGAUCCUAAAGAAGUACACAAGAACCAGUUUGGAGUCGGCCUCCUCCCCUGUGAUUCCAGCUGUAAGAGCAAGCAACAGAUGGCUGAAUCGGUGUUACAACAACGCAAUGUCAAAGAGAUUGAGGAGAAGGAGGAGCCUAGUGGGAAGAAUGCAACAAAGAGAAGGAAGAGGCGUGAACGAGGUCAGGACAUUAAGGAGACCUCAAGGCUGCAGAAACUUACUGCUGCCACAAAGAAGGUGCUGAUGUUGGUGAUGCUAAUUGCUUUUCUAGUUGCUGUUUCAUACUACGGUUAUAAGGGGAUCUUGUGGCUUUCGGAUUGGAUGAAUGAAGUCGAAGAACAAAGACAAAAGUCUAGAAGGUACCCGCGUAUCUAAAAUCGUUUUUGAGAGUUUUAGCUUCUCAAGCUUUGAGCCUGAUACUGUCUAGUUACAACACAGUUCAAAGAAAAUUAGAGAGAUUUUCAGUUUGUUUUGUUGGUCGUCUUCUUUUGCUUUUAGCAUAUUUUGAUAUUACUUUUUUUUCUGUCCGAAUACAGCAAAACUGCAAUAUAUGUAUCUUGUCUGAACGUAAAAUUUUAUAAAAUGGAUCACUAUAGUUUUAGAAAAUUUAGAUGAAACUUUGUGUAAUGAUGAAAUAUGAAAAGUCUUCUUCAUUCAUUCAGUAGUAUUGAAAUCUGAUUUAAGCUCUUAUUCAAAUACACCACAUUUUGUUCUUCUACUUGCAAUAACUGAUCUAACGGUAAAAACCAAAAGCUUCACCAUCAAAACCUGAUUUUAACUAACUUAAAGCCAUCAGGUCUGGUAAGUGAGAGCUGACAGAGAAACUAAGCCAUCCCUUUCUCUCCACUAGCUUCAAACACGGUUGCAACACAAGCCCAAUCACAACAGCCACAAAACUCACCACCGCAACUUUCAAGUUGGAAAGCGCCACAAUGAAACCAAUCAACACAGUGGGAGGAACACACAUAAGCACCGACCCCCAAACCCCAACAGGUAUCUUAAAAGGCCGUGAAGCAGCCGGAUACUUAACCCUCAACCUCACAAACGCUAUAAACUCCAUCACCAUCCCAAAACAAUACAACAGAUUCUCCGCAGCAACAAUCUCCUGGAAACUCAACCACGACAACAAAACCACACCAGAGGCAGAGAAGAGUAUCCCAACCCAAGGAGUUCCGUACCUAGACCUCUUAGCAAAGACGUCAGGAAGCAUCCCACGCUCAGCCAUACCAAGAAGCUGAAACGAAUCACUACUCAUCUCAGCUAAAAACAUCCCAAUGUUGGACGUAGCAGCCGCAGCUUGAAUCCACCAACUCAACCAAACUCCUCCUCCUAUAACUCUCCCAAUCUCCGCGAAGUAGCCAUCAGUCCAAAGCUCCUGAUCAAGAGGCAGAGCUCCAGUCCCGGCCAAAACAGGGAAGAUGUAAGACAACACAACGAGAAGCAACGCGUAGAACAGAGCCUUGGGUAAAGUUCUACUCGGGUUAACAACUUCUCCAGACAGAGUACUAAUCGAAUCCCAAUAGUUCAAGUUCCAAAACAGAGUAUUGAGAUAAAGCCCAAAGUCAACACCUUUAAGGCCCUCACUAACCACAAACCACCGUAAAGGCUCAACCUUUGGCACCGACAUCAAACACAUCACCACAAAGGGUAAAAUCGAGAACACUCCGAGCAGAACAGCAGUCAAACCAACAAUACUCAACCCUCUGUAAUUAACAUAAGUCAACGCGAAAGUCAACGCGAGAACCGCGUUGGCGCGGGGGAGGCCAGAGGAUAUAACGGGGAAACCGGAUUUGAGGUAGUCGAGGAAGAGGAUGGGGUAAAGAGCGUUGUCUAUGACGCCGCUGAGCCACUUGACCCAACCUUGCUGAAACCCCCAGUAAGGGCCGAGAGAGGAAGAGACCCAGACGACGUAACCGCUGUUCUCGGGGAACAUGGUGGACAUCUCGGCGGUGAUGAGGGCUUCGGGGAUGGACCAGAUGAAAGGGAAGAUGAUGAAGCCGAGGAUGGUUAGUAACGGUCCUGCGGCUUUGACGCUGUCUUCGAUUCCGAAUGGACCGCCUGAGACUUCGUAGAAUAUUAGGAAGAUUAGUGGGAGUAGUGAGAUUUUUUUGCGGUUGGGUGUCGGAGAUGGAGAUGGUGGUGGUGUUGUCCCUGUGCCUCCGUCGUAAUGCAUCGUUGCUCUUCGCUCUCUCACCUUCGGUUCCUCCGUCUCGAAUUUUCUGGAUCAAAUGCUAGAAUAGACCAAAAGGGGACAAGAAAAAAAUAUCUCAAAUAGACUCAUGUUAUUUUUUAUUUUAGUUUAUAUUUAAUUUUAGAUAAAAA